CAAUGGCGCGUGCUAUAAGAUGUAACUCUCCGAUUUCGGCCAUUGCAUUUUGGAGUAUAUAACGUCACUAUACAAAUGCCUUUCUGUCGGGCUCAGUCAAUUUUCACCUGAUGUCUCAAGUCACUAAUACUACCACUGGUAUCAGUAAUAAUAAUAACAGUAAUAACACGCCAUGGAACAGAACUCCCGGUAAACCUGGUAUUGGCACUGGUGGUACUGUUAAUUCUUAUCCAACAUUUUCAACGCCUUCAAAUAUUCCAUGGUCUACAACUAGAAAUGAUGCUGUAGAUUUAAUACAAGGACGUGGUCAAAUUGAAGGUGGUGGCGUUGGUCAGAUGUGGCCUCUUCCUGCAAUUUUCGACUCAAACCGAAAUUCUGAUCGUAAUGCUGUUGGUGGUGGAGUAGGCGAGGUAGGCGGAGAAUUUUUACCUCAGGAAUCAACUACAACUGAUAACCAGUGGGCAACCACACCUUUUUCAGGUCAAACAACUUCAAAUGUCAGCUCUCUAUUAGGUUCGCCUAAUACAUUUCCUAUCAGUAAUAAUCAUAUACAAGUUCUUAAUCCAUGGUCUUUCGAUAAUCCAAAUAAUAAUUGUUCUAUUACUGCGCCUCGAGCAAUUACUGGUCAACAAUUAAAUAAUGUAACCUUAGCAAACACACCGUCGGACACAUUGAAUUCAGAUCGUUCUCGUCGUUAUAUACAGCAUUGGACAACAUUGAAUAAUGAACAAGAUUUGUUAAAUGACGAUCGAUCUGGAUUGGCUUUUCCUUUAUCAAGUAUAAACAUUAAUAAUAAUAGUAAUAAUUCCGUCAGUGGAUUCGGCAAUCCUUCUGAUUUUAUUGAAAAUCAGUCACUUUCUUCUAACAUAAACAAUAAUGCAAGAGGUAGUAACAAGCUAUCAGAAUUUGAUAUUGGACAAACUAGUUUAAAAAAGUCUAGUUCCGAUAUCGACUCUUCGGUAUGUGAUGCCGAGGAAGCUAUUCGCACUGCGGUUAAUACUACUGAACCAUGGGGUAUUCAUCCAGUUGAUCAAAGCACACCAUGGAAUUGUUCUGAAGCAAAUGGUGACUGCUUGCCAAUACAUUCCUCUGGACCGAUUACAGGAUCUCCACCUGUGAGUGAAACUUCUGCUGCAUCACGAAUUUCAGGUCAUAAUCAAUCUAGUGGAGUGUCAACUAUCCAGCCGACAGGUUCUCAGUCAUCUUUACAUUCCAGGCGUCUUAGCUCCACAGCUUCUUCAUUUAACAGAGAUCUGGAAUCAAAUGUUUGGCCAAGUGAACCUCCAAACGGUACUGGGAUUUGGGAGUCCCAUUACGAGAGUCUUGGUGAGAGAACUGCCCGAUGGCAUCAAAAUAGUGGUAAUUCUACACAAACAUCUCAGGCUCCAUUUUUAUCACAACUUAUCAACCCUCCUAACUUCACCUCUCAUCAAAUUUCACAUCCCACUAUUAGAUCUCGACCUCAACAAGGUCAACUGCCACCAAGUACUGAAAGUUUUCGUGGAAUCAAUCGUGCAGUUCCAGGGACUAUAUUUCCUGUAGGACAACCACCUUCAAAUUCAAGUGUUAUGAAUUUGGGAACAAGACCGAUUUUCGGUGGAAAUCAUCCAAUAGGACCUGUUAAUAGUAAUAUAGCGGGAACCGGUAGUGGUGGUGCUUCAUCUAGAAGCUUCCCAAUAGCUAAUCCGGUGAAUCUUGGUUCAGGAGUUUCUUGGCCCUAUACCUCGGGAACACAACCAGUUGACCCUUCUGUUCCUGGGAUUAAUUUUGGUAAUAAGUCUCGGUGGCCCGGACAAAAUAUGAACCGUUUACCUGGUAAGCAACAACAUCCAACACCCCAUGUUUUGCCUAAUAUGACUUCUACUGGUAUGAGAUGGCCUCCUGGUGCAACAACUACACAUAUGCAAGGCAUAUGGCCACAUACAGACCAACGACGCCCAGGUACUGUUCCAGGACCUUGGUCAACUAAUGCAUCUGGGAUGGAUAGUAGUAGUGCUGGAGGAUUUUUCAAUCAACCUACUCAAAGCAUAGCUCCUCGAGUUUCGCAACAGAUUGGUACCUCAGAGUUUCCUUCGUCAUUAACUCCUGCUAGGGGUGUAAACCAGUCAUUUAGAACGCCUCAAAGUGCCUUCUAUCCACCCAUAACUCCCGGUUUUUCGUCAACACCUAUGUCACAACGUAUGUUUAUGAGUCCACAACAGCAUUCACAUCAAUUACAACAACAGAGUAUGAUUCGUGCCCAUGUGAUGCGUCAACUUUUUAACUUGGGUUUUACUGAAGAUGAAAUACAACCUAUAUUCGCUGAUACAAAUACAAAUGUGGAACGAGCAUUGAUUGACUUACGUGAUCGAUCAGGCCAUCCAGGCAUUGAUGAAUUGAUCAAUGCACUGAGACCAAUCACGUCCAAUUUGUUGCCUACACCUAAUUCAAAUGAUGUUAGACAACAGUCAGAUUUUCCUGGACAAAGUACAAAUCCCAAUCGUUCUAUGAAUGCAAUGAGAGGAAAUGAGAUGAUGAAAUCCAAUAUACCAGUUAGUAAUAAUAAUACUAAUCAACCUACAGAAAAUUUAGAAUUAUCAUUACAAUUAUUGCAACAACGUGAAACACAAAUACUUCAAACCAUUGUACAAUUACAUUCAAAACAUCAAGAUUUAAAUCAAAAACUCUCACAUAUACGUUCAGCAACUAAUGUUCCAUUUGCUACAAAUCCUGUUAUACAUGAACUACAGUUACAAGCAUUUCAAGUUGGUCAACAAAUCGAUGCUCAACAGGCUCAAUUAAAACAUGUACGUAGUCAAGCUGGUAUGCUACGACAGAUUACUAUGUCCUCAUCGAAUUUAUCUAAUCCAUCUCAAAAUUUAAACACUACUAAUAUUACCACUGUUACACCAUCAUCGUUAUUAACAAGUAGUGGUGUGAUUGUUGGCGGUGGUACUAUUGGUCAAACGGUUACUAAUGUACAACACAUAAUUCCUAAUUGUUUAACAGGGACAACUAAUCCAGUUAAUUGUAGUGGAUUUAAUUUAUUGACUACCAAUAAUAGUUCAUCAGUGUCGUCCACCUCUGCAUUAUCAUCAUCAUGGUGUCCUAUUUCAACACAAAGUGGCAGUAUGAUUAGUGGUUGUAGCAAAACAAAUCAACCAUUAAAUAUUUCUGUAGUCGGUAAUAAUAGUAAUGGUUCGGAAAAUAUUGAUUUUCUACAGGAUCAAUCAAAUUUUAAUAUGAAUUCUUUAUUAUGGGAAUCUAGUCCUUGGUCAGGUUCUAGUCCACAAUUACACGAAAAUUUUUCAAAUAAUCGUAAUUCAUUAGCAACUGACAGGCGUUGGACACCCUCUGGUAGUAGUAGUGGUGGUGGCAAUGGCGGAGUUGUUGGUGGCGUCAGUGGCAAUAGUAGCAGUAGACUGCCACCACCAUUUAUAUCAUCUCAACUCUCAUCACUUGGUGAUCCUAGAUGGUCAGAUAUGAUGAAUGAUGUCACUAGUUCAAUGAAUGACACAAGACGACAAUCGUUUGGUGCUGGUGUUAGUGAAAUUGACGAAAUGCAUAACAGUGGAAUAGAUUAUCAUCCUAUGAUUCCCAUUUCUAUAUCGAGUAAAUCAUGGCUUCUAGCGCAUAACAUUCCACCGCAUAUAUCAGUCGGAAUGUUAAAAAUGACUGUGUCCUCAGCAUUAAACAAUCAUAUCCUUCGAUCUGUGGAAUCCAGUGAUAGAAAUUCUUCUAAUAGCACUUCUAUUAGUAGUAAUGGUAAUAAUAAUGAUAUUGAUUUUGAAAUUCAUCCGAAUAUGUCAGCACGUUGGGUUCUACUAGGAUUGAAUAGUCCUACACACGUGUCUAUUGUUCAUGACACUUUAGAAGGUGGUAAUAGUAAUAACAAUAAUGGACAACAACAGACUACUGGUUGUUAUGGAUCAAUUAAAUUAAUUACACCAACUGAAGCACUACUUCAUUUGCAAGAAAUUCAGUCACUAGCUUCUCGUUUGAAAGGUUUAAAUGCUGAUGGAUCUCAGUCAACUUCAUCGGCUACUAUUCAUUCCAUUUCACAAUUAUCAUCAUCCAAUAUGAUGAGAUGUGAUUUUAACACCAACCAUAAUAAUAAUAAUAAUAUACCAAGUAGUGAAUCAAAUCAUUUAUUAAUUGGAAUAAAUGCCACAACUAUUAAUAAUUCUUCUGCCAGUUCUUCUCUUCCUCUUACUACUACUGCUACUACCCCUGCUAAUACUGUUGUUACAACUGUCAAUAAUCAUAGUUCCGAUGGUUAAUAUUGAUAUUAACAAUCCAGAUUCUAAUGCUUUUUUGUGAUCAAGAUAUUAGCCCUAGGACCGGUCCCUAUUCUCUCACUGCCGAUUAAUCCACUGACAAAUAUUCACAUAUAUCAUUCACUUUACAUGUUUCUGUAUUUAUGUAUGUAUGUGUGUGUCUCUAUACCCUUUCUGUGUUAAUGGGUGUUCAAUUUGUUACGUAUUAUUAUGAUAAUUAGCAUUAUUAUUUAUGGUAUUAUUCAUAGAAAAAAAAUGACAAAGCAUUUGGUAUUGCUUGUGACUUUGUUUUUUUGGUUGUUUUUCUUUUAUUUUUUUUGUUACAUCAUGAUCAUCAUCAAUAUUUAUUAAUAACACAAUAAUGUUUUACAUUUAUGUAUAUCAGUUAUUAUUCAAUCAGUGCCUCACAGAACAAAAAGCAAAAAGAAGAAAGAACACUUGAUGAAAUGAAUUUCCACCUGAUCUAUUUAUAUACAUAUGUUGUCUAUCUAUCUAUCUAUCUCUUACACUCUUAACUCAUUAAGUCAUAACAAUGUAUUGUAUCAAUGAAAUAUAGAUAAUAAACAUAGUUAUUUGUAAUAAUGUGCCCAACUUCCCUACCACCACCACCACUACCCCCCACCUAAAUUCCACUCUUCCACCGCCAUCUUAUACCUGUUCAUGAACAACAACAACAAACCAAUAUUUUCCUUGUCAUCUUGUUUGUUCUUUUAAGUUGAUCUUUCGACUCUGUGUACUUUUCUCCCUUUCUCUCUCUCUAACGCAUAUCCUAUAAUGAUCGUUUACACAUAAAUUACGGUAAUUUUUUUUUUGUUUUAUUCGUGUGAUUGUUUUCCCUUUCUCAAUUUAGUUUUAUUAUUUUUUUUGUUUGUUUUGUUUUGUUUACUUAUCAAUUUGUUAUUCUAUUUUUAAUCACAUGAAUUGAUGUUGUGUGUGUGUGUGUGUGUUAGUUGUGUAUUUUGUCUUCUUUGUUCAGAUAAUGUUGGUAAUAAUAAUAAUAAUAAUGUGAUUGUAGUCCGAUCUUAUCUCCUCUCUCUCUCUCUCUCUCUCUCUCUCUCUCUCUCUCUCUCUUGUCCCCCUUCGUAUAUUAUCAUUUUGUUUAUGAAAAAGACGUACCCAUCUAUUAUAAGGUAGCUAAUAAUAAUAAUAAUGUUUGGGUAUGGUAUUAGAAAAAAUAUGCACAAUAACCAACAUUAUGCAACAAUUUAUGAGGUUAUAUUAUAAUUUUUUGACUACUUAUUUCAUUGAAUAUUCAAUAAUGAUGAAAGGUUGAAUAUUCUAUGAUGUUUAUGUUUUACAUUAAAAUUUUAUAUUAUAUAACCAGUUUGUUUGUAUGUUUAUUUGUUUCAUUCUCUUGUCCGGUUCUUCAUUAGUUAAUUGCCCUAUUUGGUCUAGAAACUUUGUACUUUUUCAUGAUUUCUAUGAACUCGUUAAUUGAAUCUUUUGUAAGAUUGUGUUUCUAUGACUAUGUGUUAUAGAGGUAUGUUUCAUCUGAUUGAUAUCUUGAUAUGGUUGCAAAUUUUCGUUCCCCACCUCCACCCCCAACUUUUUUUUUGUCACUUGAAAAAAGAAAAAAAAAGCAUUUCUUAUAUUCUCACUUUUGUUUAUACAUUAAUCCAUACAUACAUACACACACACUAGCUGGCACACAAAAUCGUGUAUACGAUUUCCUAUCUUCUCCUUUUAAAUAAAUCUGUGGUAAUCUAUCAGUCAGUUUAUAUUUGUUAUUAAAAUGUUUUGUUAAUGGUCACCUUUUUCGAUAGUAUUAUUGUUCAUCAUACAAUACUGUUGAUGUUAUCCAUGAUAUAUUGGUCAGGAUCUAUUUACAAAUCAUUGAUAUCACUCAAUAUUGUUACAUCGAUACUCUUACAUUUACAUAUAUGUGUGUAUAUAUACAUUAGAUGUACUCAAUAAAUUGUUUGUUUGUAUGUGUGAAUUAUCCCCAUUUCUGUAUUUUUAUAUGAGUAAUUAGAGGGGGAAAAAAGUAAUUGUGCCUUUGUUUUUUCAUAUUUUAAUCUAAUACAACAUGACAUUAGUGUCUUUUACUUGUACUACUUAUAAUAGUUUACUACUUAUAUGAAUAUUCAUUACUUAAAAUAAUCUUAAAUCCAUCAUAUACAAUGUAUCAUUUUCAGCUAAUGGGUAGGGGGUUUUUUGUUUAAUAUUGAGAAAUAAACAUUUGGUUUCCAUACCUAUAGAUAGAUAGAUGUGUAUGUACUACUACAUGUAAAACACUUUUUUUUCUAAGAAAACCAAACAACAAUCUAUUACACGUAAUUUACAGAGAUGGGUCAUUGAUAAUGAUUGAUUCUGUUUAGGCAUUUGUUAAAUUUACCCAAUAUCUUUCUUUUUUUUUAAAAAUCGUUUGCCUUCUUAGAUUGACUGUGUGUGUGUGUUUACAUUCACCGCUGGAUAUAAAUUAAAAUGAUGUAACAGUUUAUCUGUUGUUGUUGUGUUUUUUUUUAGAGAGUUUUCUUUUUUUUUUGAAUAAUAAUAAGUCCUCAUCUAAAUUGUUGCUGUGUUUUUCUUCCUCUCUCGUUAUUUUACUGUACCGUAGUGAUAUAUGUAUGUAAUUUCUAUUUACAUACAUAUUUAUGGUGUACUAUAAUUAAAUCUGUAUGUUUAUUCAUCUUGCAUUUCUAAUUAUGACAUGCUUUUUCACGUUUUUCCUCCUCCUACACCUACUCCUCCUCUUCUGAGUUCCUUAAACCCUCCCUCAAUGUACGACGAUGUGUGUGUGUGUGUGUGUACGCGUUUGUAUUUUCAUUUUAUUCACUAACAUUAUUCAUUGAAAAAAAAUAUUACUAAUACUCUAUACAUAAAUAUUCAUAUACAAAUGCAUAGAUUCUAUUUGUUACCCUUUUUAUUGACUUUUGUUUUUUUUCACAUUAAAAUACUAGAAUUCAGAUUAGUUGGUCAUCUUGUUAUUAGUAAGUGACGUGUGUGUACCUCGCUGAAUUUUUUAUGAGAAAUAAUGUUUAGUCAAUUCAGUGCCCUCCCCCCCCCAAUGCUCUGGUACGGUCGAGGGUGGGGUGGAUCCACUCUCCACGAAAUGCCGUGCGUAUACAAAAACUGCCACGGAAGUACUGCUCACUGCCUUCUCGCGGCGGGGAUGUUUACGAAAUUGAGACAACGAAAAGUGAAUAUCCGGUGCUUUAACCGGGUUGGUGAAUAUGGAAGAUACACUUAGGGGAGUUGGAAAAACUUGAUUCCAAAACAGGAGUGCGCAUGGGCUCCAGUAUCCUGAAGGAACAAAUGGCAUAUGAAACAAUCAUUGGUGACCGGCUACCAUGAGAAUGUAUCUCCUGACGUCGUUCCACUGCCUUGUAGGUCAGGCCUUUAGGUCGGAGGCAUACUGUUUCAUAUUGAAUGCGACUUAGGAUUACUUUAUAGUUGUAAAGUUAGUUUCGUAAGUAAACUCUCCUAAGUUACAGUUACAAUUGUAUAUAUGUAGUGCAUUUUAAAAUAUAACAGUUGGAUUAACAUGAAAUAUAUAUUUACUAAGUUGAUUUAACAAAUUGAUAAGUCUCUUAAUUGAACAUUUGAUUCGGUUCUUAAGUUAUUCUGGUAAUCUCCAGGCUAGAUCUACACAGCGACUUGAACACGAGAGAAAAGACGCGAAAUAUGGAAGAAACUGUUUUACUUCAAAAGAUUCGUGAAUGUACAGAAAACUUAGGAUUUUUAUAGUAUUUUAGAUGUCCUUGGGUUUCCGGAAAAUUCUGCAAUGCUACUAAACAUAGUAGCAGUGUAAGUAAUCAUCCGAUCAUAAACUCGAUAUGUGACUUUUCACUUUCUAGAUGUUUUUGUCAAAAUUUCUGCUAAACUCUGAUUGGAUAACAUGCUUGUCAGUGUUUUCAGAGCCUCGUCUGUUCUUUUUCUAGGAAUUUUUUAGAUCUCUCCAACACAAGUCGUUUUCUAACAAGCUUAUUUUCACAUUGAAAAUUGAACAAAACUUAGUCAGUCAGCUACAACGUAGGACCAGGCACGUAUGUGCAUCGGUCCAAGUUGCCACACCCCAUUAGCAUAACAAGAUCAACACCAAGUUUAUAGAAGUAGUCACUUCAAUGAUAGUAACUUAUAAAAGAAAGAUUGUGUAUAAGGAUUUAAUACAAGAAUUAGUUUACAGAAAGAAAGGUACCAAGCAAUUUUAAUCUCAUCGUUUAAGGGAUGACAGUGAUUAAGUAAGUAUGCAACGAAGUUAGAUUUUUUGUAUAACAUAGAUGUAUAAAUGAUUAGAUGAACCAAAUCGGUUAUUAAUAAAUGUCCAAUCACUGUAAUAGAUCUUCCUACACGGAUGACAUGGCUCAAAAUCAUUUGCAAUGGCACAGGUGCAUCCACUCUUUGUGUUCUCCUAUAUUCUCAUCUGAAUUCUUCAUGUCCCUUUCUUUUUUCUCUUUCCAAAUUUAAUUCACUAGAUUAUACUCCUUGAAUAACACCUUCAAACCCUAAUCUUUCCAAUUGCUUAUACUCUUACUACCUCUACCACAGUGGGAUUUGAAUUGACAAUUGUAUCUGUGUGCUAAUGUGGUAUGGCAACUCGAACUGAUGUACGUACGUACGAAGUUCUACGUUGUUACUGACUGACCUUCCUACACGAGGUCAGUUUUAACCUAAAUAGAUCAGUAGUGGCAUCUCGUAUAAUGCUGCUGAAUGACAUGAGUUCUAAUUCAACACUAAACAUCAAAUAGAUGAAGGAUGGUGAUAAAUACCAACUAAGAAGAUAUUGAUAUCAUACAGAGUUUUCAGUCGACUACCUCCCUUUUUUUAUUAGUUCAAAAUAGAAAGUAAUCACUCCUUUCUCUCUUAUACACGAUGAAUUAUUAUUGACUAAUUUAAGAAGUCUAUUUCAGUUAGAUGUAUCAACUAUCGAUCUUGUAUCUGUGUUACAAUAUGAUGGUACUCAUAGAAAAUGUUCGAAUCAAGGUCAUUUAGAUGGCCCGACUUUAGAAAGUACAAGUGAAGAAUACUUUUCAAUAGUUUAAUUCUUAAAAAUAAAAUAAAAUCCAGAUCGCAUUGAAUUUAAACCAGAACGAUGAUAAUGUAGUUCAAUGGUUAACUUGUAUUAUUCUUCGACAACUUCCAAUGAUUAUGUAACUAAUAAGAAUACAGUUGUAGGCAGUGAAUAAUUUAUGAUCAAAAUGGGAGUUUUUAGACAUUGUAUUAAUUUUAAUAGUUGAAUUGAUGAGUCGAUCAAAGUUAGAUCACUAUUGAGUACUUGGAAACACUGGAUCGUCGUUUCGUCCUAGUACGGG